AAGCAGCAUAUCCUGUGUAAUUGUAGCCCUUGACUUGAAAGAAAGGUCUGUCUUUUUAAUUAUAAUAAUUAAAGCAAGUUCAUUAGCAGGAAAAAAGCAAGGAUGGCUGAUAAUUCAUUGGAGCAGUUGAAAAAGUUUACUACAGUUGUAGCUGACACUGGAGACAUUAAUGCAAUUGAUCAGUACAAGCCAACUGAUGCCACCACUAAUCCUUCUCUCCUUUUUGCUGCUGCACAAAUGCCUGAGUAUAAUGAUCUAGUUGAUGAUGCUGUAGCAUAUGGAAAGCAAGCCUCCAAUAAUGUGGAAGAGCAAGUUACAGCUGCCAUUGACAAACUAUACGUCAACUUUGGUGUUAAGAUAUUGAAGCUUGUUCCUGGACGCAUUUCAACUGAAGUUGAUGCAAGGUUGUCCUUUGAUAAAGCAGCAAGUUUAAGCAAAGCAAGGAAGUUCAUAGAGCUUUAUGAGCAGGCAGGGAUCAGUAGAGAGAGAGUCCUCAUUAAACUAGCAUCAACUUGGGAGGGAAUACAAGCAGCAAAGGAACUGGAAGAAAAAGAUGGAAUCCAUUGCAACCUUACCCUCCUGUUUGCUUUCUGCCAGGCUGUUGCAUGUGCAGAGGCUGGUGUCACACUGAUCUCUCCAUUUGUUGGUAGGAUAUUUGAUUGGUAUGUUAAGAACACAGAUACAAAGACAUACGCUCCUAAGGAUGACCCAGGUGUCAAGUCUGUCACAAAAAUAUACAAUUACUACAAGAAGUUUGGCUACAAAACAAUUGUAAUGGGAGCUUCCUUUAGGAACGUUGGGCAGAUCACAGAGCUGGCCGGUUGUGAUAAUCUCACCAUCUCGCCAAAGCUAUUGAAUGAACUGCAGAGCUCAACUGAUACUGUAACACGCAAACUCUCAGUUGAAGAUGCUCAGAAGACCGAGAUGGAGAAAUGGACACUGGAUGAGGCAAAGUUCCGUUGGGAACUGAAUGAAGAUCAAAUGGCAACUGAGAAAUUGUCUGAAGGAAUUCGCAAGUUUGCUGCAGACACACUCAAACUUGAGGAGCUUAUCAAGAAAAGGCUCUUGGCAUGAGCUUAAGGAACAGCCAAUUAAUGACAUUUCUACUGAUUAGCUGUAGUUUCCACUAUUAUUGUGUCUAAUUUGUAUGUAGUUUUUAUUAGUUUUGACUCUCAAAUAAAGUUACUAUAGCAGUAUAGUCCUAGCUAUCAUGACUU